CAACUUGUAGAGGAUAAUGUCAGGGGAAGUCGUUGUUUCGCCGCAGCUCUUGCAUUACUCUCCUAUGACCACGUUACAACUUUGGACCAAGAAAUUUCCUACUUUUGGUCGGGCCAGUGGACACUAUCUAGGAUGCUCUAUCUCAGCGUAAUGUCCCCCUCAAUAAUGUGAUGCAUUCGCUCAAUUGCCGUGCGCGAUACAGGUUCGGUACCUUACAAUCCUAAACCUAAUUUUCGUGUCACUUGGCCUGGCUGAAUACUAGUUUUGUUGCCUUGCAGCUGCGCGGGAACAACUAUCACGAUCUACAUUCUUACAAAUGUCAUACUCUUGCUUAGCCAAGUCAUAUUGACUUUUCGGGUAUGGUAUCUUUUCACGCAUAGCAAACAUGCCCAAUUAUUUGUGGCAUACGUAUUUCUCGCAUGUGUUCUCUCUCAGAUCAUUUUAAUGUUCAUCACGUUCCGUCACUCUACAUUUGCACGCAUUGAUUAUGCCAACGGUGUUUCUGUGUGUGGAUAUGUUCCUCCAACAACAACUUGGCACGUUUAUCUGCCUGCCGUAUUGCUACAUGUGUUGAUGUACGCGUUAACGGUUUACCGAGUGGCACAUAGCACCACAUCUAUCGUUUCGAAAGCGUUCGUUCAACGGUUCAUUGAAGAAGGUGCACCGCUGUAUUUGAUUGCAACGGCUACCCUCUUAGCGGUAUUCUUCACUCUGGCCGUAGCUGGGAGUUCGACGAUGUUGCCUGUUAUAGAGUCAUAUUUAACCUCCGCCAUUAUUACCAUCGCGGUAUGCCAUGCCUUGCUCAGUAUCCGAACUCUUGCUGCGAAGCUUCACGUUGAUACAAACUGGCUAUUAAGUCAUAACGAACUUAGUCGGCUGCGAUAUAGACGAGGUUUGGACAACGCAGAGCUGCUGGUAGAGGUCGGUAGUCAAUACGAAGGUGAUCACGUCGAGCUUCUGCAAAUAGAGAACGGACGAGAGAAAGCCAAUGAACCCGGAGUACCCCGGCUCUCUAAGUCGUGUCUAGCUACUGCUACUUCUGGAGAGGCGUCUGCAGCUCCUCCUCGUCUUUCCAUCCAAGCUGUCUGACUAUUGAUCAUAGGUAUAUCCUAAACAACGUUAAAAAGCGCUAUAUUUUUGAGUCAUAUAGAAAUGGAGACUGAUGUACGAUCAUAAAUCCCGCAUACUUAGCAGAAACCAUGAUUCUCUCUUGCCUUAUAUUCACCCCAAUGCCGGCAUCACGCGUCGUGAAUGUACCCAUGUAAUUUCCACGUAUGCUUCUUAGUCCCUCGACAAGUCAGAUUCGGUUAAAUACUGUCAUAUGCAUAGCAAAUAGAUCAUUAGGUCCUCGGGCUCGGGGUGCUGGGUUGGAAGUAU